CGCUCGGCACCCUUUAGCAGCAUAUUCUAGGGGCCAAACUACCAUCUCAGGUUUCAUCUCCACAUCCUGACCCUGUUGAACCAAUCUCCUUUUCACCACCAGCUGGAGAGAGAGAGAGAGAGAGAGAGAGAGAGAGAGAGAGAGAGAGAGAGAGAGCGACGUGGAGGAGGUGGAAAACCCGCAGCCGAGCAGUAGAAGCAACGAGGCACGGCCGGAGCCGCGGCUGUUGACCCUGUGCCAGCAGCAGCAGGAGAGAAAAGCAGUCGACGGCACCACACUAUGGAGCAGCUCAAACAGUUUUUGGGUGAUCUGUCCGCACGAACCGUGUCUGUACGGCAUCAACGGCGACUGACGUUCGCUUCCGAGGUGGAGGAGUUGGAAUACGAAGAGGCGCUGGCGAUCUCUCUGGUGUGCUUCCUCCUGAGCAUGGUGGCCUUCUCGUCCGUCUACAGCAUGUGCAAGGCGCGGAGAGCGAGGGAAGGGAUGGGGUACCGGGAGGUGCAGCGACCAGAGAACUCGUUCGAGAUGAUGUCGCUCGGCGGGAGGGACGGCGUUUCGAUGGUUCUGCCCCAGGGAUACUAGGACGAGGAGAGAGAGAGAGAGAGAAAGAGAGACGGGCAGGCAAACACACAAGAGACAAGAGAGAAGAAGGGACAGGCACAGAGAGACAAGAGAGGGAUGUUGCUGUUGGGGGGUGAAGGCGAAAGCCUUGCCUACGUUUACUCUUACUGUGUAACCGUGGGGUGUGGUAGGGAAAGAGGCUGUUGCCGUCGCAGUGGGUUUAGCCGCAGCCUUGCUAGGUUUGGUUGCUUGGUUGGGAAAACCGGGGGAUGUGGGUGAGGGCUGGGGACGUACACGCUUGCGCAGCGUGUCCAGGUGCCAUUCGAACGUUGGGCCGCGCAUUCCGUUUUCGAAAACGGAGCAUCUUUAGAAAGCUCCUUGGCACGGACGUAGUUCUUCCUGGCUCCGCGAAAUCGGGCGGGGAGAAUGGGAAAGGGUGUGGUGCUGUGCUCGCGGCCUCCCGUGCGGUCUACUGAAUGUCGGGGUGUGCCGUGUCGACGGUGGAAGCGCCGUUGCCUCUUGGUCGAUAUAUGUAUAUGCGUCGGGGCUACUAUUGCAACAACCUCGAAAUGCGUAGCGCCGGCGAUGGAUGAACGGUGAAAAUCAGGGUGUGAAUGUGGGGAGGGCAGGAACAUGUCAUGUGAAGAUCUUUGGCAUGAUUUAGUUUUUGGCGGAUUGGCCUCCUGUGUAGAAGGCGGCGUUCAUCGGGAACCGCUUUGCUGCGACCACCGCUUGCUAUGGUGUGCAUUGUUUUCUCCUUGCCGUGCGUCCCCCUCCACUAUUAGGCUGUUUUGGUUUGUUGGCGCACGGCUGCGUUUUGUGCGCUUGUUGGUUUGUUGUAUGCUACGGGGCCUUUCGGGUUUCGUCGCCGUCUGUUUGCGUUUUUUCGGUCGACUUCGGUUCGCGGUUUGGGCAAAAACCCACCUGCGAGUACACCAUGUACAGGACCCCCGAAGGCCACGAGGGUCCCGGUACACACCGAGGUACGCUUACUUG